GUUGAGGCCGCAGCUUGGGUGUAUGUGCGCAUGUGCACAUGCACACAUACACAUACAAAGUAGAGCAUCAGUCACCGAGCAGUCGUGUUCUUCCUUCCCUGUCCUUCAAUGUGGGAGGAAGGGGAAGAUGUGUAUCUGCGCAAACAUGGAAGAAUGACAAGACCGACUUGGAAAAAUCCAGGCAGGAAGCCGUUUGUGGCCGAGCAGCCUGCAGGGCGGCUGGCGUGGCUGAGCUGAGGAGAGAGCUGGGCGGCUGGGUUUCACUGGAAGGGAGGACGCUGCAGAUUAGCAAUGCCAAGCCUUACAGUAUACCAUAUAUAACAGCAUCACCGUUCCCAGCUGAGCGGAGCACAAGGAACUACAGUGCUGAGGGAUAUAGAGGAAGGAAGGGAAGCCAGCUCCGGCCCCUGCCCGGGAGCUCAGUGACAUUGAUGGGGUGGGGACAGGGCUCUGCGUUGGGAGGGGUAAGGCUUGAACCUGUGUGCUUCUGUGGGUGGCAGGUUUGCUCCCCUACGCUCCUUUACUCGUCGCACGCCCCUGCUCUGUGCCUUUAGAUCUGCACCCUCACCAAUGGACCUGGUGGGGCUUGGUUAUGCAGCCGUGGUGAUACUGGAAAGCAUUUGGAGUUACAGGCGGAAAGAGCUAGGGAACUGCUGGUGGGGACAUGCGGGGGAGGGGUCCAUGGAGGAAGCUGGUGACCCCGGGGCCUUGCAUGGCAGUUGCAGUUAAGAUGCCCAGCGGAGAGACACUUGAAGGCAGUGUUGUGUUUCUGAUCGCGGGUCUUUCUUUUGGCCUUCUGUCUGUCUACGGAGCGUACCGCAUCUCCAACGACCAGCGGGACGUGAAGCCGUCACUGUAUGCAGCUUUUUUCCUGGCCACCUUGAUGGGUACGAGGUUCAAGAGGUCCAAGAAGGUAAAGUCCGCCGGACUGCUUGCGGGUUUAAGCUUCUUGAUGAUCCUGAGACUUGUCCUACUGCUGUUGUGACACUCCAGAGGGGCUGAGGACUGUAUCCUGUCAACCUCCUGCAGUGGGCAGAGCAUAUUCUCUGUACUUAAAAGAUAAAUGUGUUACCCGGGCGCUGGUGGCACACGCCUGUCAUCCUGGCUACUCAGGAGGCUGAGAUCUGAGGAUCACAAUUUGAAGCCAGC